AUGCGAGAGGCCAGCGCCUGGGAUUAUGUGAGUAGUUGGCAAUGGCAGAAUGCCGCCGCCGCCGGCCGCCACGAGCGGAGUCCCUACACGCCGCUGCUACGCCUGGAAGUGGAUGCGCAGGGGCUCGCUGGCCGGACUGGAAGAGAAAGCUGCUGGCCGCGGAGGGAGAGAUGGGCUGGCCGGAGUGGGAGAGAGCACUGUGGGUCAAGGAGCAGCGCGUGCACCUGGAAGAGGCGGCGCGGGAACGGAAGUGCUCCUGGAGGAGGCGUACGAGUACGAGGAGGAGCGCCGCAUGGGCGCACGCCGCCGCCCGGUCCCAGAGACCUCGCCGCCGCCGCCGCGUACGAGUACAAGGAGGAAGCUGCUUCUUUGUUGGGCCCAGUACGAGUACGAGAAGGAAGCUGCUUCUUUGUUGGGCCGAUCGGCUCAGUCCGCUCCGUCCAGCGGAGCUGUCUGGUGGGCUGCGCCAAUUCGGGCCCACGGAGAGGAGCCCCGCGCGCACUCGCCGACUCGCGGCGGAGACGUCAAGCUCUGGCGGGAGGAGGCGGCGGUGGCGAGAACCCUGGGCCCGCGCGGCGGCGUGCGCCCAUGCGGCGCUCCUCCCCGUACUCGUACGCCUUCUUCGAGCGCCUCCUCCAGGAGCACUUCCCAUUUCCGCGCCGCCUCUUCCAGGUGCACGCGCUGCUCCUCACCUCUGGCGUGCUGCUCCUUGACUCACAAUGCUCCGCGGCGGCCUUUCCUUACAACUGCCUCGCCCACGCGCACCGCCGCGUCCCCGCCGCCUCCUCUUCGCGCCCCCCGUCCGCCCCACUGCGCCUCUUCUGCGCUAUGCUCGCCCGCGGCGCGCGCCCCAACUGCCACUCCUUCCCGUCCCUCCUCAUGUCCGCCUCCGCGUCCGCCGCGGCGGCGCUCCACGCGCAGUGCCUCCGCCGCGGCCUCGCGGCUGACUGCUUCGUCGCCUGCUCGCUCGUCAGCGUCUAUGGCCGAACGGGACACCCGUCUUGCGACGCGCGCAAGGUGUUCGACGAGAUGGAGGGUCCCCCGGACCUGGCCUCCUGCAACGCACUGCUCGACGCGCUGUGCCACGCCGGGGACCUGGACGGUGCCGGGGACUUCUUUGAGCGGAUGGCGGUGAGGGACCCCGUGUCGUGGACGACGCUCGUGUCUGGGCUGUCGCGGGGCGGACGCCACCGGUGCGCUCUCGAGGUGUUCAGGGGAUUUUUGCUGGGUAACGUGGGACGACGGCUCGAGGAAGCAACGCUGGUCAGCGUUUUCUCGGCCUGUGCCAACGUUGACGGCGGUGAGGGUCUUGCCGCGGGCAUGGCUGUCCACGCAUACCUCAUCCGUCAUGAGAUUGAGCUCACUGCGUUCCUGGGCACAGCCCUGGUUGACAUGUAUGGGAAGCAUGGGAGGAUUGGCUUCUGUAAGAGUGCUUUUGCGGUCGUCUGCACGAAGGAGGUUUGCACGUGGAAUGCGCUGUUAUCAGCAUUGGCUAAUCACGGGAAGGAGACUGACGCGCUGGUGAAGUUCGACAUGAUGAGGGGUGAAGGCUUCUUGCCGGAUCAGAUAAGCUUUCUUGCUCUUCUGACGGCUUGUGCUCGUGCAGGAUUGGUGGAGGUUGGGUUAUACUGGUUCGACGCAAUGGUUGCUGAAUACAAGGUGGUACCGUUGAUGAUCCAUUAUGGAUGUGUUGUGGACCUCUUAGGCCGUGCUAGCCGUUUUGGAGAAGCCAUUCAGGUUAUAGAGAGGAUGCCCUUCGCGGCUGAUGCUUCUGUGUGGGGUGCUCUUCUUGGGGCUUGCAAGCUCCAUGGAAAUGUGGAGCUUGCAGUGGAGAUUGGGCAGAAACUAAUGUCUCUUGGCCCCCAGCAAUCCGGUCGGUAUGUGACUAUUAGGAAUGUCUAUUUAGAAGGCGGGAAUUGGCAUGCUGGCGCAAGAAUGGGAGAGGUGAUGCUGGAGGCUGGAAUCAAGAAAACAGUAGGGCAGAGCAGUGUGGUGCUUCAUGGCACUGACAUUCCUUCAUCACCGUUCACUGCAAAAUGUGCUGGUCAGGAAUGGAUGAACUUUUACGAUUCUUAACAGAUAAAUGGACCAUACUUCGUCGCCGAAGGUCCUGCAGAAAGAAACAGCUUCGGAUGAAGCUGCUCGUACGUGACGCCGAAGGCACCAUUUAUCAAGCUUCGGUAUUACAACAUAUCCGAAGAUGAAGGGUCGAACCGACUUAAAGAUAUAAUGAUCUUUUAGUCCAUAAGGGUCUGAGUCAUUGUUGUAAACUUUUAUGAGGGGCAUGAUUGUAAUUCCUCACAGGCUGUGUCCUGUGCCUAUAAAUAGUGAACAGUAUUCCUUUACUGUUCACGGAUUCCUGUAAUUGCAAACGCAUCACUCGGGAAUUAUUGUUUGUACCUAAACGUUAUAGUGAAACAUCUUAGAUUCAUGUAAUAAGAUAUGUAAAUGAUGUCAUUUAUUUCCAAUAUAUUUAUCUUUAAUGUUUCACGUUUUA